AUGCUUGGAUUGAACCUCUACUGUUGCAUAGUCCCAUGCUGUAGACAGGCCAAGUAUGGAAGCAGCUUCAACACAAUAGUUCCGCAGCGGAGAAACGAGGUUUCGCAUGGAAGAAUGAGAUUUAGAGUGAGGGCACUGAAAGAUGAAAAGAAUGGAGCACCUGGUCAGAGCUGGGAUCCCGGUUUGGAGAUCGAGGUCCCGUUCGAACAACGCCCGGUAAACGAGUACUCGUCUCUGAAAGACGAGACCUUAUACUCGUGGGCCGACCUCAGCCCCGGAUCAUUCUUCCUACGCCUCGGAGGACUCUGGUUGGUCACUUUCACAGUCCUGGGCGUGCCUAUUGCAGCGGCCAGCUUCAAUCCUUCAAAGGAUCCUUUACGAUUUGUCCUUGCUGCGGGAACAGGAACUCUCUUUCUCGUUUCAUUGAUUGUCCUGAGGAUUUAUCUGGGAUGGAGUUAUGUUGGCGAUAGGCUUUUAUCCGCAGUCAUACCAUAUGAAGAGACUGGAUGGUAUGAUGGGCAGAUGUGGGUGAAACCACCAGAGAUCCUUGCCCGAGACAGGUUGCUUGGCUCAUACAAGGUUAAACCAGUCAUCAAGUUGCUGAAGCAGACUCUAGUUGGAACCGGAGCACUGCUUGUUGCAGCUGUUUCACUUUUUAUUUUUGCAACACCAGUAGAGGAAUUCAUCCAAAAGACCUUUGUCCAGAAAGAAAAUUUAUCCAACAUCUCGACCUCAAAGACAGCUGAUAAGAUCAAUAUAAGGAAGGAGGAGCUGCUAAGAUUGCCACUUGAGGUGAUGUCUGACAAUGAUCUAGCAGCGGCAGCUGCGGAAGCUGCUGAUGGAAGGCCUGUCUAUUGCAGAGACAGGUAUUACCGUGCAUUAGCAGGUGGGCAAUACUGCAAGUGGGAGGACCUACUCAAGUAACAGAUUAAAGAUGAACAAUUAUUCAAUUUUGACACCAUGCACAAGGUCAGUUGACCAUAUUAGCUGGAGCUACAGACCAUUUGGAAAGCGCCAGAUACAAAAUCAGAAAUGCAGGAAAUGUUUGAACUUCAAUGUGGAAAUUUUGUAACAUAGCACUCAGAUAAAUGACAUGGUUCAGUAGCUUCCAGAUAGGACUACUACUAAUUCAAGACCGUACAUGCCACUAUAUAACAUUAUGCAUAAAUUUAGGAAUACCAUGUUGGGAUCGGGGAUCUAUUUCUCCCCUGCAAAUCCAUCAUCAAAA